GGGCGGACGGCAGUGCCGGGGACGGGGAGAGUUUGCUGCCGGUCAGUGAGGCGGGCCGCGCGGCUGAAUGCUGCGUUCAAAGACACGACGCGUUUGGAAUGAGGAGGCGCGCAAGGAAAGGACAAACCUUUCAGGAUGCGCUGGUUUUUGAUACCAAGUUUAGGCCUGCUUGUUUGUUUUCACAAUUAUCUAGCUGCAGCCAGGACUCAGAUAUAUGAUGAAUCCUACUAUGAGUAUGUGCCUGACCGCCUGCAGUGGAGUGCUGCUGGGGAUCUGUGUAACCAGCGCUUUGGAGCUUUAGCGACUGUCUCCACACCAUCGGAGAACCAAGAGCUAACCAGCUUCUUGAAGUCGCUGAACAUCUCUCAGCCGGUGUGGAUUGCUGGGAUUGCUCGGAAAGCUGUGAUACAUGUGACAAGUGCCUCCCAGACGCUCGUUUUGGAUUUUGCUGGGCAUUCACACACCAAGCAUGCAUGUCUCCUGAAAAAGUUCCCCUCGAUGGGUUCAGUGACCGUUUGCACCCAACUGCGCUUCGAUCUAAACAGCUCUGGGUUUUCCACAGUCUUCUCCUAUUCCAUCAAGUCAUUUAUUAAUGAAUUCCAGCUGCGUGCAAACCUCACUCGGGGAAAGCGUGUGCAGCUCACUCUGCUGGUCCAUGGCAUUCACGGACCCUACCAAGAAGCCUUUGACCAUGACGACGCCUGGCAUUCUGUGUGCGUGUCUUGGAGCCAGAACGGUGGACGCUGGGAACUAUUUGCCGAUGGAGUACAAAUACUUCAGAGGAUCGUUUAA